GAGCUACUGUCAGCGGUGCAUUCGGAUUCAUGGAGAGACAAAUUUAAUACAGGACAGGUUAGGAUGAUGGAUCUGGAUCCUGGUCUGGCAGGAGAAGUGACAAGCCUUCUCGCGGACAUUCCGAAAGGUUCACACGCCUCCCAUAAGUACUGGCCAUGCGUUAAGCGAUUGCAAUCUCGCAUUCUCUCAUUCAGCACCAACAUCUCGUAUGUUUGCUUUCGAGUUCAUGUCAUUCUUAAAAUUGACAGUAUUUGCUCAGCGCGGGGUACUCCAAUGCAUCAAAUUUUUCGUCUUGAUGAGAUAUUCGAGGCCAUAUGCUGGUUUGUCAAGUACGAGUCAGACGGCGGAAAGACCCUAGCUGCACUUACAAGAACGUGCCGGACGUUCGAGAAUGUGGCUUUAGCAGCGCUAUGGGAGAGCCAGGAUAGUCUUGUUCCCCUUGCACGUUGUCUCGGUGCUGCGAUCCAAGAGACAUGGAAAUCAAACGAGAAUAUCAAGCCUACGAACAUACUAGUAAGGAGCGAUAUGAUUAGUACUUUCCGUUCUGAGUCGGUUAACCUAUACCUUGCGGCGCAGUGUACAGAAAGGCUUCCGACAUUAUCCGAAUGGAAAAGAGAGCACAAACACGCUCUCUUCAUCAAAACAUUUGUUUCUUCUCAGAACCCUUCUAUUCUUGACCAUUCAAUCGAUACAACUGUGUUCAUCGCCUUGUUUGCGCAUGGCAGCAUGCCUUUUUUCCCCAACUUGCAAGAGUUCCAAUGGCCGCUCCGUGGCAUUAGCGACGGGGAUAUUCCAUUUAUCACGCGGUUUUUGGGACCGAAGUUGGAGAAAAUCACUCUCAACAUGCCCAACAACUACAAGCUAGACAUGCUAACUCUGGACCAUCUAUUAACCAUCCAUGCAUUGAAGGAAAUGAGUUUAAAGGGCGAGGCAGGCUUGGGCAGUUUAUUGUCAAUACGAGAACUUAUUACACGUUCGGUCCAACUGCGUGCAUUUACAUGCACAAUUCCGCUUGACCUUACACAUGUCAGAAUUCUUGCUACCUUGCGCUCCCUCCACAGACUUAGUGUCAUCAUGCCCCCCAUGGUAGACGAAUCGUUCGAAACUUCCGUUGGAUGUGACGACCCUUUCCCUGUCCUUCAAACGCUUACACUAGCUGUGUCCAACCUCGCUGGUGCUUUGCAUUUCAUCCAGCUCUGUCCUUUCACUCAUGUCGCCCAAUUUGAGCUGGAAAUUCAGGAGAAUUCCCUCCCCGACUCACCAAGGUAUUUGGAGGCACUUGGAACACUGAUGGUGAAGCAAUUUUCGUCCAAGGCAUUGCAGGCAUUCAGGCUAACCUCAGAAUGUGGCUCGGGCUUACCCUGGGAUACUACGAAGGCCAUACGGGCGUCGACGCUGAGACCGUUCCUUUCUUUCAGAAAUCUAGCGAUGUUCCAUCUUGACGCAAAUUGGUGCUAUGAUUUGCACAAUUCUUUCAUAGAGGAAGCUGCAAAGGCCUGGCCUAGCUUAAGGUACAUCUUCCUUGACCCGUGGGGUUCCUGGCCAGUCCCGAGAGAUCGCAGGCUUACGCUCGCGUGUUUUCUGCCCUUGGUCCAACACUGUCCAAGGAUACGCAAUUUUGCAGGCCUCUUCGAAGGAUGCGUGCCUUAUAUCUCCGACACUACUCGCCCUGGAAAUGGGCAUGAAGCGGAAUUCGUGAGGGACAUAUUUGUCGGGCAUUCUGUGUCUGAUAUUGAAGCUGUCGCCCUGUUUCUUUCCGACCUCUUCCCCCACCUAGAGCAGAUCCGUUCCUUAUCCGAAGCAGACGAUACGCAUGCCCGGUGGGAGGAGGUCACAAAGAAGGUGAAGGAAUACACGUUGGUUCGUUCUCAAAUGAAGGCGUGGUAUAAAGAGAAGGACGCCACUGCUGGACCUAAGAAACGUGAGUCCCAAGCUGACACUGUCUGAAAGAGUUGUAUGAAAUCAUGACUUCUCAGGCUCAGAAACUUGAUUAAUGUCGAUCAUCCUCCAUGCCCAAACUUCACACUAUGUAUCACACAUAUGCUUCUACGGUUGACUGCGCAAGCUCCCAUUGUCCCAUUCUCCAUCACUCAACGUCCGUUUGCCGGAAUACGGUUUCAAUGUUACAGCUAAAUUUAUAUCGAUAGGCACCUCGUCGAAAGGUCGGUUUGGUUUACUGGUGUUGGGUAUCUCUCGUUACGCACUGGAAGAUCGUGGAGGACGAAGAAACGGUAGGGUAUGCUUUGGGUGGGGGUUCAAAUGGUACCCGAGGUCAACUAAGAGAUGGGGUAGGGGCUGAUUCUUUCGCAUUGGCUAAACACGUCCGAAUAUUUAUGUACACAGGCUUGGGCGCACUAUCCGUCAUCUACGUACUAUUUCGUCGUCGGUAUCCAGCAACAUCUCUGUUUAGGCUGCAUCUGGUACAUGACGUGUUGACGGGGAGCGUUAUUCACGCUUAACCUAUGGCAGGUCGUUUAGGGAAAUACAAGAAUGUGAAUAUUUAUAAUGCCUUGCCUGUCGCGCAAGCGUAUAUGAACAUCCC